AUGAGCUCAUCAUGUCGUACAUUGAUUAUUAAUACUAUUCUACUUCUUCUUAUUGUUCAAAUCCAUGGUGAUUAUUGGAUAUGCGAUUGGGUAAAUGGUCGUGGAUGGAUGUAUUGUUCACGUGGGUAUUGUAAUAUAUAUGGAAAAAAACGAAGCAUUUCUACGGAUGAUGAACAAAGAGGUCCUAUACAAAAUAAUGAUGGUACUUAUUGCUUAAAUGAAGAAUUAUGCUAUACAUGUGAACCAAUUAAUGAUUAUACUUGCCGUAUUAGUGUAAAAACACAAGAUUCUCUCACAAACAAACCAUAUUUACACAACAAAAGAUCAUACGAAGAUAUUUGUCAAUAA